AUGGUUAGCCGUCUAAGCACAGGCAAGAGCUGGAACAAACAUUUCCAGUACGACGAAGGCAGAGACAAGCCUAGCGAUGUCCGGAACGUCAUGUUAGUAGUUGCAACCCUCAUAGCUGCCGUGACCUUCCAAGCUGGGGUCAGCCCUCCUGGUGGGAUUAUAGCUCUGUUAAUUGGUCAAGAAGCAGUGGUUUCCAGGGUUAACGCAAAUGCCAUAACCUCAAACGGCUUUACGCCGAAGGAUGUCCUAGAUCUUCUGCUCCAAAGUGGAGCUGAUUUGUGUGAUAUUCAUAUUUAUCAGAUGUUUCAGCAAGCUGGAGCUGUGAAAGCCCAAGAAAUCACAACAGGCCCUGCUCAUAUCCAAACCGAAGCAGAAAGCCUUAACAACGAGCAAAUAUUGCGAUCUUGUUGUUCAUGGAACCUAUGGAAGGAACUGAUGAAAGAGGUUACGGAAUCAUCAAGUGAAACUAAAAACUCAUUAAUGGUUGUGCCAGUCCUGAUAGCAACGAUCACAUACCAAGCAAUUCUGAGCCCACCAAGUGGUUUUUGGUUAGCAGAGAGUAAAAAUUCUACGACCGUCGGCACCCACGUCGUUCAGAAGAGAUCUAGAACCAUGACACUCGGAGAGGCUGUCAUGAGUAAAAACCCUCCAAUCUUUUCUGUGUUCAUCGGUUUUAAUUCAAUUGGUUUCAUUGCAUCAGUUGCCAUGACCUUUCUCCUCACCAGUGGAUUCCCUCUUAGCAGGGGCAGACUCAAGAAUUUUCUUGAGUGGUGUUAUAAUUAA